AUGCUCGCCAACGUCGACACAUGUUGCGUUUUCAGAAACACAGAACUCGGACUGAUCCACGAGCCACUCAACUACGACACGCUUCCUCGAAGUACUCGGCGCACAAUGGCGAUGCAGCUUUCAGUUCAGUCGCAGUCAGGAGGGAAUGCGAGGCCCGAAGAACGUGACGUCAAGGAUCCCUACGGUUCUCGUCAGGCAGACGGUACGAAGUCGAUGAAGCUGCUCGCGAUCCGGAAAGAGACGAAUACGGUCAACGUUAUCAUCCCAGUGGGCGACGAGGAGCUGGGCGAGAUGCCGCGCAAUCCUAUUCAGACCGUUUCAAAGGUUUGA